AUGCUUUUUCGACUCCGCCAUUGCCCGGGAGUACGGUGGCACAGCCACCCCGGCCUGGGCCUGCGCCGCCCACUGUCCACGGCGGCCAGCGAUAUUGAUCGUACCAUCGCCGAACUCGCCCAAGCGGUCGAGCGCCUGGAAGCGGUGCAGGCCGAGCUGGACCUUCGCUCGCAACAGGUGGCCGCCACCCAGGCCGACUUGCAGCUGGCCAUCCGCCGGUGUCGAGCCCAAUGGUCGGAGCACCGGCUGGAUGCCAUGCGCCAAGCGGCCGCCAACGCCGGACGCGAGCUUAUUCCCGCCAGCCGCAUGACCUCCCAGCAACGGUUUCUGAUCGAUGCAGCCACAAUCAUCCUACACCCGCAAGCCCCGGAAGAUUGGGCCCCGGCUCCCCUCAACCCGAGGGGGCUGCCCUUUGUCCCCGGGCCCCUGGAUCGGUUUUUCAAGCUCUCGACGCUUUUGCGGCUGCUCAAUCGCGAGGCCGCCGCUGGCGAGCCGCCGGUGUCCGAUGCACCUGCGGCCCUUGAUCCGGGCGUGGUCUCCGAGCGGCAUCGCCAGCUCCGAGCGCUGAUCGGCUCACCAACCUUGUGCAUCGAUUGGCCAGACGCAUGGGCCGGCGUGCACGUUGGACCGACCCUCCAGCCCCAGCAACUAGAGCAGGCUCUGGCCGAGCUGGUGGCCCUCUUCCCGAAGGAGGCCGAAGCCAUCCGCUCUCGGCAGUACAGAGCGGUGAUGGCCACGCUUCACGCGUGCUUCCGGUAUGAUCUCCCCUUGCCCUUUGCCACGCCGUUCAAACUCCGCGGAAUCCUACUGGCCCCGGUAUCGACAACCAGGCCAGAAUGA